UCGCAUAUCUUGUCGUUAAUAAUAAUUAUUGACUAUUGUUAUACAGUGGCAUGGUGCAAAGUGCAGACCACCUAUUUAGAUGAAAAUAUUCAUUAGCUGUUGCGUAUUAUUUUAUUACUAUCGUUUUGAUCUAUACCGUUUAACCUUUAUCGCGCCUUCUUUAACGCGUUAAUGCACUAACACUAGCACGGUAGACGUAAUCGGUAGACGUGAUCUCCGAUAUUUGCUGCCGCCGACUGUCGAGAAGUUAUCAAUUUUUUUUUAAACCAGUCGUUUUUCAUAAUUAUUUUAGUUGGAAUAAUAUUGUUGAUAAUCAUUCAUUUAUUACCAUCAAUUACCAAUAUCAUUUAAAGUUGCCCAACCGUAAUAAAUUACGUAGACUCCAUAAUAUAAUAAAUAAAAAUAUUACAAUAUUGCGUGUGGUGAAACGCGCUAGAGGACGUACAACUUGUUGCUUUUUUUACUUAUUGCAAUCAUAAGUUAUAACCAAAAGCUAGAGUAAUAGAUUACAAACCUGUCGGAUGCGUUGAAAAUGUUUGGGUUGAAGAGAAUUUUAGACGAGAAGGUCGACAAAACCGUCGAUAUGGCUUCAGACGUCGUUAACGGUUUGCUGGACACAACGUACAAAGGUGGAUUAUUCUCAAUGAUUAUCAUUACUAUUGUAUGGGUGUCCAUAUUUCUGUACAUAGCAUUCUAUUAUGCGUACAUGCCUUCUCUCAUGUUCAGCCGUCCGGUUCACAUGCAAUUCAAAUCCUGUUACAGCAAUAAAGGUUUAUGUGAUUACCCUUCAGCACAUGUUCAGUUGACCAAAAACCACCAGUUAUUAAUAAUUGGUCAAAAAUACAAAAUUACUGCUUAUAUUGAGCUACCAGAAUCACCAGCUAAUGAAGAAAUUGGAAUGUUUAUGCUCUGUAUUCGUUUGAGUGACAAAUUCGGCUAUCUUGUAUCGUCUUCCUGUCGAUCCAGUAGAUUAAGGUACAAGAGCCAACUGUAUCGUGCUGUUCAUACAUUGUUUAUGGCACCAUUUUACCUGGCAGGAUUAUCCACAGAAAAACAAAUAAUCCAGUUAGAGAUGUAUACAGAUUUUGAAGAAGAUCAAUUACAUCCAGUUACAGAUAUUUACUUUGAGAUGUUAAAUCAUGAUAUUCAAAUUUAUUCUGCCAAGAUAAACAUCAUUGCUAACCUGAGUGGUUUACGAUACCUCAUGUUUCAUUGGCCGAUAGUAUCGGCUUGUCUAGGAAUCGGAUCAAAUCUCCUUUUUGUGUUUUUUGUGUUUUCAAUGUCAUGGCGACAUAUAUAUGGACCCGAAGUUUAUAGAAGUGAACCAAAGGAUCUUUUAGCCCGAACAGCCAUCGAACAGUUGGAUGAAUUUGAUUCUGAGGAUGAACCCGAAAUAUCAGUUGAUUUAAGUAAAAAAGAAUUUCUUCCUCAUAGUUUUUCAUCAUCCAGCCUAAUGAUUCCUGAGCAAUAGUUAAUAUUAUUAUUUCUAACUAGAAAUAUUUUGAUUUGUCAUAACUUGAUAAUGGUAUAAUUUAUAAUUAAUAGAUUAGAGAAACUCUUUUAUUGUAGGUACCUAUAAUAAUUUGUAAUCUUUGUUUUAAAUUUAAAACUCAUAGGUACCAGAAAAAUAUAGAGUAUAAACUAUUCAACUGUCUCUGUGGUACUUUUAUUUAGUGUUUUAUAUUAUACUUAAGUUGUUUAACACUUCAAAAGUACUUCAAACUGUUUGUACUUAAGUGUUUAAUACUUAUUACUAUUUAUUUUUUUAUUUUGUUUUAAUUAAUUGUUUGUUAAGUUAUUAACCUUCAGUAGGUCGCACGGGUUAUGAGUACCUAUUACGUUACUCGGGGUAAAAAUUUCCCUUGAUUAAACAUAAUAUAUUUUUCUUUUACAUUUAUUUAUUUUAAAUUUAAUAUUUUCGUAAGUAUAUAACAA